AUGAGGAUGAGCGAGGAGGAGAAGACGUCACAUCCGGAGUUACUGAGCAGCGAGGUGUCUGAAGGGCUGCUGCUGAAGCUGGAGGAUCUCGAAGCAAGGCUGACGAGGGACAUGGAGAGCAUGAGAUCACUUCUUGCAGGAGUGGCUGAGUACGAGAACCUUCUCCGAGAGCGGGCGAUGCUGGAAACAACCUUCACCGACUCCUCCAGGCUGCUGGAUCGCACUUCGAACUCGUACACUCUUCGGCGAUCGGAGGAGCGGUACAAGGCUCUGGUGCUCAAGAUCAUACCUGAGAGAAGGAAGGAGCUGCUAGAAGCGAUAGAGGAGUGGGAGAGGAGCAACGGGAAGGCGUUCUUGACGUGGGGACGAAGGUACCUUGACAGCCCAGAUGAAGUGAUACCAGCGGACGAGGAAGGUGUACGGGGACGAGGAGCAGAGCAGUCUCAGGUCCUGAAGCAGCAAGGAGAGAUAUCAGCGAUGCAGGACCAGGAGAGGCUGAUGAGACAAGAGCUGGGAGAGUCGGACUCCAAGAGCAGAGACGCGGCUAUCCACAAGCUGACAGUGAGGAUGAGAAGAAUGGAAGACAUGAUGAAGAGAUGUCAAGUCGGACAAGACUCGCCCAAGGCAGAGGAGAAAUCCAAGAGCAUGCCUGCGGAUGCGUUGGUGCUGAAGAAGGAUCAUAGCAAACUCCAAGAAUCGCUCAAGCUUGCCCAAGAAAAGAUUGUGACGUUGGAGGCCAAGCAAGGGAAGCUGAUAGAGCAGCUGGCGGAGCUCUCGCUCAAGCUGCAAGCCUCUGCUCCCUCUCCCUCUCCCUCUAUAUCCGCUGAGGCCAUCAACGCGCUCAGUGAGGAGCUCACAGAGAGGAUAGAGGAGUCUGCGGCGCGACGAGACAGCAGCCUGAUGAAGACGCUGGAGGAGGCGAUGCUCUCCUGCGUGUCGCGCGACGACGUGCGAGAGAGUCUGCUGCUGUAUGCCAGCAAGAAGGACCUCAAGGCGAGCGAGAGCAGGACCUGGGAGCGCAUCGCCAAGGAGCUCGCGGCAAAGCUCUCGAGCCACGAAGAAGCCAACCGUGUUGCCCUUGGUGAUUAG